AUGAGCAUGCAUUUUUCGAGGUCGCACGAGGUCGGUGUACGAAUUGCGCUGCAACCAACGUUUGCGGCCAAAGUACAAUUCGAUUUGGCUAAUCUCGAAUGCCUUCGAACCCUUUGGCCGGACCGGGACUCGGAGCUGGACCGGACAGGCCAGAUGGCCGCUUCUCGUCGCCCCGGACACAAACAAGCGUGUCCGCCUCUCUUCCACUCACACACUCUUCAUACACGCCCAGCCCCACGACAAGUCGAAGAUGCUGAUCCCACUCCUGCGAAGGCCAAGGGUGGGAGGAAGAUGGGACCCGGCGAGUCGUCUUCCCGUCCCACCGGCAUCACGACUUCAGCCUCAUUGGCAUCAUCAGCACCAGUAGCAUCGGGCGCAGCAGUAGCCAAGACUCUUCGCGCCAAUUAG